AUGGCUUUGAUUGGCUACGGAGCCUUCGCCGCCCUCGGCGGAGCUCUCAUCUACGCGAAUCUGCCGACGAGGCUGACAAUUGGAGCGGUCGCUCCAACGGCUUCUUACCUGGCCAAGGCGAAGCUGGUACCUGUGCGUGGAAAUCCCGAGGAGCCUGAGAAGAUCGACAAGUCCGAGGAGAUCGAGGUUUCGCCUUGCUUCGACUGCCAGUUUGAGAUAUUGGUUCAGGCCUCAAAAAUCUUCGAAAAAGGUCCCACGAUGGUGAUGGCAGUCCGACGUCCCGGAUGUCUCCUUUGCAGGUGGGUGGAAUAAGAAAUCUGAUAAAAUUGACUUGUUUUCAGGAAAGAGGCCAAGGAACUGAGCACUCUUCAGCCGGAAAUGGAGAAAAACGGAAUCCGAUUGGUGGGUUCCUGUUGAGCCGAAAAAAUAAAUUUAGAGGAAUUUUCAUUUUUUUUAGAUCUUUUUUUGCGGUCCAAUGAGAUGCCUUCUCAAAAAUACAUAAUUUAGGAGAAAUUUAGAUCCAAAGAUCAAAAAAAAUUCUAAUGAAAAAAUUUUUGCACGCCUCAAAAAAGAAGGUGAAAAAAAAGGGCUGGCAUAUUUGAAUUUUUCCUCAUUUUUCCUGCUUAUUUCAAAUGUUUUCCAUUCGCAUUUUCCCGUAAUUAUCACGCUUUAUUCAUCACGAAAGCUACCGUUUCGCAGAGAAUUUUGAAGUUUUGUACCGAAAUGUGAUGAAUGAUGGUAUUGUGAAAUAUUUCUUAUCAAAAUUAGAUUUUUCCUUUUUUUUUUUAAGCAGCCUCAUUACAGUUUUUUUUUUCAAAACUUUUUUUAUUUUUUUCAAGAUUAUUUGUGGUGAUUUCCAAAACCAAUCUAAAAGCAGCUCAAAAAAAUGACGACUAAGAGAAACUCUGAUCGUUUUUUUCCUUCAGACGGACGGAUUUUUGCUUCAUUUUUUUCAGUGAGCAGUUUGCGAGGAAAAUCUCUUAACACUAUAAUAUUUAUACUUUUUUUAUAGGGCUGAUAUGCUUUUAGUAGUUCUCCAAAAAGGUAACGAUUUACUCUACAGAUCGCCGUCGUCCACGAGAAGAGAGGAGUGAACGCCUUCAAGCCCUACUUCAAAGGCGACGUCUACUUCGACGAAGAUGUAAACCUGAAUCGUGUCAUGGAUCAUUCUCCCUCGUUUCAGAAGCAUUUCUACGGUCCGAAUCAACGUUGGCUGCCGAUUUGGAUGGGCGUCCUCCGUUUCGGUACCUACCUGAACGUCUGGAACAGCAAGAAGGCCGGUUUCGACGGAAAUCUCCAUGGCGAGGGCCGGCUCCUUGGAGGUGGCUAUCAAGAAAUGUUUCUUAGCUUUUGACGAAACUUUUUUGAAAUUUACUUUGGGGUCUCCUUAUUCCGGAAAAAUUUCCUUGCAAUACGGUUCAGACAGAAAAGACACAAAAAACAGUUUGAUCACAACUUUAUUGUAUAGAAUUCAAUUUUUCUGAAACUUUCUGGAGUUAGGAUGAAUGUUACUUGUAACACAAAAAACCCAAGUUAAGGGGAAACAAUCGUUUGUAACACAAAAAGCCUUAGUUUGCAAGAAAAACAUGCAGCUUAGAAAAUUUUAGGAAGAUUGAGCUCCAUGUAUGAGGAUGUUGUCAGCAAAAAAUUUAUUUUUUAGCGGUGUUUUUAGGUUUCGUUUCUAAGUUCCUUCCUUUUUAAGUUUGUAAAAUAAACCUUUGAAGCGUCGUAAGUCGGAAAACUUUUUUUUCCCCGAAGUUCCAUCUAAAGUAAAACCGGCUGGCGGCUGGAACAAUCUCCCUUGCAGGACAAAACUUGAAAAGUUCAAAAAAGAGGCUUCAGGAGUCUACCUGAUCGCCGACGGCGAGCUCCAAUACGCUCAUCUGGAGAAGGAAUGGGGCGACGCGGCCAACAUCGACGAAGUCACCCAGGCCAUCCACAAGUUCGGCAAAAAGGGAAAUUGA